AUGGCAAUGCCAUGGUUAACCAUAUGCAAUGCGCGUACCUUGGAUAUUCCAGGCAUCUUUGGGCCCAUUCAACAAUUUGGCUCUCAGACGGGUGUCGACGCAGCUACGUACUUUAAGGAGAAACCAGGAGACUUUGUCCAUCCAGGAAUUUGGCACAGUCACGAGGAUCUUGAGCGCAUGCGCAACGGUGUGCUAAAAAACAAGGAACCCUGGGCGUCCGCGUACAAAGUGUUCAGCGAUGACUUUUACUCUCAGGCUAACUACUCCGUGCAAGGACCAGAGGCGUAUCUCUCUCGUGGCUUAAUUAGCAACUACACCUCAUUUACUCACGACGUUCGUGCCGCAUGGCAGAACUCUAUCAUGUGGUAUAUCACCAAGGAUCAAGCCCACUGGCAGCUGACUUCCGAUAUCCUGAACGCUUGGGGCUCCGAGUUGGUUGAUAUUGUGGGCAUUGACCGGUCACUUCUGGUUGGCCUUGAAGGAGACCUUUUUGUGAAUGCUGCCGAAAUUAUGCGUUGGGAGGGUAACUGGACAGAGGCUGGCGCUGCCUGGUCUGGCGGUUCUGGCUUCAGCAACCAGUUGUAUUGGCUUUUCUCACGCCAGGCGGCAGUGAUCGGUCAGGCCAAUUAUGGAAUGAUUAGCAUUAAGUCUCUUCUGAGCUUUGCCGUCUACCUCGAUGAUGUUGAUCUGUACAACUAUGCUAUCAAUGCGUACAUAAACGACCGCUGUGCUAGCGUAUUUUCGCUCUACAGUCCGACUACAGGCCAAAGUUCAGAGUCGGGUCGUGACCAAAGUCACGCAACCUCCGGCAUCGGGUGGACAGCUCUUGCCGCCAAAACCGCACAAAGUCAAGGUUCCGACCUGUUCAAACUAGGAAACAAUCUUCUUCUCAAAGGAUCCGAGUAUACGGCCAAAUAUAAUCUAAACUACACGGUUGAAUACGAUCCAUCCUGGUAUCGUUGUGAGGCGGUACUCGUGAAUGGACCGUGGAAGACUAUUUCCGAGGAAAAUCGAGGCAUAACCAACCAACUGCCGAUUUGGGACAUGAUAUACUACGAGUAUGUUGUCAAGCGAGGCCUUCAUGCCCCCUACACUGCCGAGGCGUUCAACGCGGAGGGCUUCGAGGGCCAAGUCUUCACGAACAUGGAUGACUUGCCUAGCUGGGGCUCCCUUGUGUUUGCCUAUUAG